AUGUUCCAAUAUGCAAAACACCUCGUGAAAGAACUAAAAGCGGAUACGAAAAAGGACCUCUUCCAGGAACUGGAGAACGAAAACUGGUAUCAUGGCUCUCUUCCAUUGGAGGACGUUAUUUGCUUGGUAGCUGCGACUGGUGAUUUUCUCGUAAGAGCGCUUGAAGCCGAGGCAGGGCGCGGACCAGUGCCUUGCUUAACGGUACGCGUCGAUAAUCACAUCAAAGACUAUCCCAUCCACAGAGUUCAGCAAAUGGGUAUGCCAUUCUUCACGAUAGAUGGUGUUAACAAAGCGCCCACCGCAAUAGCCAUAGUGCAAAAGCACUACAAUGAGAGGAUCCCGGUCGCAGGUCAGGCAACACUGAUUAGGCCGAUACCGAAACAGGCAUGGGAAUUGUCAAAGGAUAAAAUAAGAAUGGAUGCGAAAAUUGGAGAAGGAGCUUUUGGCGAAGUAUGGAAAGGGACAAUGAAGCAUUUCACAACAUUCGUCGAAGUUGCUAUUAAAGUUACAAAAGUUAAGGAAGAGAAUAAAGCUUUAAUGCAAGAAAUGCACAAAGAAGCACGAUUGAUGCGACAAUACAAGCAUUUGUAA